AUGGGUACCGUCCUCUCCAUCUCCCCGGCCACCAAGAAGUCAUCUAUUAUGGACGCAGAGCUCGCCGCAGAGGGACACAAAAACGACAAGAGCCUCAAGAGGCACUCCAUGUUCGUCUCCCUCUCCUGGAAGAAGCUGGUGUCCAACUCGGCCAAGAAGAGUGCCAAGAAAGUGACCCCAAACCCUUUGCCCACCAGAGAGCUCCCAUCCAACCAGGUGGCUCUUCUCAACACCGAGAACUCCAGGAAAACGCACCAAACCGAGGAGAAGAAACCCAAAGCGCCGAUCCCGGUCCCGGUGCCGACGGUGCCAACGCAAAUCAAAGACACCCUAGUCCCAAACGUGAGGCUGUCCACGGUGCAGAAGCAGCCCAGCAGCCUGUCUUUGGUGUCACCCAGGCGGAUAGUCAUCCAGGCGUCCACCGGGGAGCUGCUGCGCUGUUUGGGGGACUUCAUGUGCCGCAGGUGCUUUAAGCUGAAAGACCUGAACAGCGGAGAGGUGAUACUAUGGUUCCGCAACAUCGACAGGACUCUUUUGCUCCAAGGUUGGCAGGAUCAGGGCUUCAUCACGCCGGCCAAUGUGGUGUUUGUGUACCUGCUGUGCGAGGACACGAUAGGGGACAGUGUGGAGAGUGCGUCCGAGCUGCAAGGAGCCUUCCAGACCUGCCUGUACCUGGCCUACUCCUACAUGGGCAACGAGAUCUCCUACCCUCUCAAGCCCUUCAUGAUCGAGUCGAACAAGGAUGUUUUCUGGGAGACCUCUCUCCGGAUCAUCAACAGGCUGAGUGCCAAGAUGCUGCAGCUGAACGCAGACCCUCACUUCUUCACCCAGGUCUUCCAGGACCUGAAGAACCAGCGAGACACAAGCGAGGGGAACCUGGACCGCUGA